UCGCAGUGUCCAACGCCACCACACGGCGCGCACACACACAUACACACACACACACGCACAGAAACACAUACACACACACACGGCACACGGCACCACCGCACGGCACCCCAGUAGGCUACAGCACUGAAAUUUGCUACCUACAUACUCUGUUGCGAGCCGAGUAUUUUUGGCCAGAGCAGUAGGAGAGAAGCGACGCGAUAUUGUGGGGGCAUAGAGUCGCAGUCUGCCGUGCCGUGCCGAGCUGUGCCGAGCUGUGCCAUUCAGGGGGACGAAGAGAAGAGAAGAGAAGAGAAGAGAAGAGAAGAGAAGAGAAGAGAAGAGAAGAGAAGAGAAGAGAAGAGAAGAGAGCAAGCCACACACACAUACACACAUACACACAGUUGCCUUGCAGAGUAGGAGCGAGUUGACGGAAGAGAGACAGCGAGCGAGGGGGGACUUUAAAAACAUUUCGCGGAUUUCCCGGAUUGGACCUGUUUAUUCUUCUUUCUUUUUACAAGACACUGUUCCAACUAUUCUAAGUGCUUAGUGGACAAUUACCCGACGCGUGUGGAGAUGUCUGAGAACAAACCCAAUGACGACCCGAAGUUAUCUACAACGGACCGAGCUGUGCGAUCGGUACCGUUCCCUCCAAGUCACCGCCUGUCUGCUAAGGAGGUGUUCGACAGCGAUGGCAAGCCCAAAGUGGACGUGCUGAAGGCCCACCUGACCAAAGAAGGACGCAUCGAGGAGGCGGUGGCGCUCAGACUCAUCGGGGACGGAGCCGCCAUCCUCCGAGCAGAGAAGAACCUUCUGGAUAUAGAGGCACCCGUCACAGUGUGUGGUGAUAUCCAUGGCCAGUUCUUUGACCUGAUGAAGCUGUUUGAAGUGGGCGGAUCUCCGGCCACCACGCGCUACCUGUUCCUGGGGGACUAUGUGGACCGAGGGUACUUCAGUAUUGAAUGUGUGCUGUAUCUCUGGGCUCUAAAGAUUCUUUAUCCAAAAACUCUCUUCCUUCUCCGCGGCAACCAUGAAUGUAGACACCUGACCGAGUACUUCACCUUCAAACAAGAAUGUAGAAUCAAAUACUCGGAGCGUGUGUAUGACGCGUGUAUGGACGCGUUCGACUGCCUGCCCCUGGCGGCCCUGAUGAACCAACAGUUCCUCUGCGUACAUGGAGGCCUCUCGCCAGAAAUCACCAACCUAGAAGACAUCAGAAAGCUGGACAGGUUUAAGGAGCCCCCCGCGUACGGCCCCAUGUGCGAUCUGCUGUGGUCGGAUCCCCUCGAGGACUUUGGCAACGAGAAGUCACAGGAACACUUCACACACAACACAGUCAGAGGCUGUUCCUACUUCUACAGUUAUCCUGCAGUAUGUGACUUCCUCCAGCACAAUAACUUAUUAUCCGUCAUAAGGGCCCACGAAGCACAAGAUGCAGGGUACCGCAUGUACAGGAAGAGCCAGACGACAGGCUUCCCUUCGCUCAUCACCAUCUUCUCAGCACCAAACUACCUGGACGUAUACAACAACAAAGCGGCGGUGUUGAAGUAUGAGAAUAACGUGAUGAACAUUCGCCAGUUCAACUGCUCUCCUCAUCCCUAUUGGCUGCCCAACUUCAUGGACGUCUUCACCUGGUCCCUACCAUUCGUUGGAGAGAAAGUCACUGAGAUGCUGGUGAAUGUGUUGAGCAUCUGCUCCAGUGACGAGCUUUCCACAGAGGAGGAGAUCGAUGGUGCCACGGCCUCCGCACGCAAAGAGGUGAUCAGGAACAAGAUCAGAGCCAUCGGGAAGAUGGCCAGAGUCUUCUCUGUGCUACGAGAGGAGAGUGAGAGUGUGUUGACUCUGAAGGGUUUGACUCCAACCGGCAUGCUGCCCAGCGGAGUCCUAUCAGGAGGCAAGGAGAAGAUCGAGAACGCCAUCAAGGGCUUCUCCCCGCAGCAUAAGAUCUCCUCGUUCGAGGAGGCCAAGGGUCUGGACCGCAUCAACGAGCGCAUGCCGCCGCGCCGCGACGCCCUGCCGUCGGACGCCAGCCUGAACUCCCUCAACAAGGCCCUGUCCUCGCCCACCACGCCCACCACGCCCACCACGCCCACCGAGAGCAACGGCACAGAGGGCAGCAGCAGCAACAUCCAGUAGAGUAGAGGACACCCCACCACCACCAGGGGGCGCCCUGGAGGCAGGAGCAGGAGAGAUGAGGAGCAGGAGAUUAGAGGAGAGGAGAAGAAGAGAGAAGGGAUAGAUGAGAUGGCGGGAGAGAGGAGAAGAGAAGAGAGUGGCGUUUUGCAACAGAGUGGCAGGGUAGAGGGAUGAAGGCUUUUGCAACCCACUCGUCACACCCUCUGUUGUUGUUUAUUUUGAAGGAGGAGGGGGUAGGGUUGGUACUAAAUGGAGGAGAGGAGAGGAGAGGAGAGGAGAGGAGAGGAGAGGAGAGGAGAGGCGAUGCAUUGCUACAUGGUGUGGUAACAGCAUUAAAUAAAACAUUUACAUAAAGAAAAACAAGAAAUGGAAAUGGCAAACAAAAAAUGUAAUGCAGGAGGGGCUGGGAUGUAUCAAGUCCUCUCGGGAUAUUGCCUUUGAAAAAACAUCAAAUACAAAAAAAGGAGAAUACAUUUUUUUUUUUAAUCCAUAGUGCUUGUAGAAUAAUUUUUAAAAUGUCAUGGUUCAAAGCUCUCUUUGAUAACACCUGGGAAGAGUGGAGGGCUGAGGAAAGGGAAGAGGAGAGGAGAGGAGAGGAGGAGAGAGGGAAUAGGAGAGGAGAAGAGGAGAGGAGAGGAGGAGAGGGAAUAGGAGAGGAGAAGAGAAGAGGAGGGGAGAGGAGGACAGAGGGAUGGUUUCUUUUCGUGCAUGACGCAGGGCCCAUUGCGGAGCUCCGCUUGGAACAUCUUCUGUGUUCUGAGUUCCGGUUCCGAUUCUGGUUCCACCCAAACCCAAAACCCACCAGUGAUCCGGAACCUCUUCUGUGUUCUGAGUUCCGGUUCCAGCCAGCCCAAACCCACCAGUGAUCCGGAACCUCACAUGGACCCAAAUUUUGGGUGUCGGGGGUGAAGGUUCACACACACCGUGCCACCAUGCAGCAACGCUGAGCCUUCUCGCAGACAAACACACACACACACACACACACACACACACACACACACACACACACACACACACACACACACACACACACCGUGCCAAGCUACAGCCCUGAGCCUUUUUGCAGAUACUGGAAAUCAUACAUACAGUAAAUACAUACACACACACACAGACUCACACACACACACACACAUAAACACACAUACACACACACUUUUCCUCUAUAACUUCUUACUAACUUUAUUGUUCGUUUACAAAAAUCCAGCACUAAACAAAUAAAAAAAUGGACAAAACGAGAAAAAAAAAAGUUUUUAAAGAUAUAAAAAGGGUGUACAAACUGAAUGAGGCCUAUUUAUUGAUGACUGGUGUUUUCAUUUUUGCUUUUGUUUUGCUACUCUUAUAGCUUUGAGAUGAAUACGUAAAUAAAUAAAUAAAUACAUUAGGCAGUCUUAAGAGAAUGUUGCAACAUUGUGAAAAUGCCAAAAAAACACACACACACACACACACACACACACACACACACACACACACAGGGGGUAGAGGAGAAUGGCGUGAGAGAAGAGGAGGAGAGGAGGAGUGGAAAAGGGAAUAAAGGAGAGGAGAGGAGUGGAGAAUGGCGUGAGAGAAGAGGAGGAGAGGAGGAGUGGAAAAGGGAAUAUAGGAGAGGAGAGGAGUGGAGAAUGGCGUGAGAGAAGAGGAGGAGAGGAAAAGGGAAUACAGUAGAGGAGAGGAGAGGAGAGAUAGUGUACAGUGUGAUUUUACCUCAGGGUGAAACUAUCACAGUGUUCUGCAGUGUUAAUUCGACACCAUAAGACAGGUUAUUUCAACUCUGGAAGGGGUUGAAUGUUAAUUGCUGUACUAAAAGAAUCUGUGUCCUAUUUACAUUUGACAAGACAGUGAAAUUAAACGUUUUAUUGGAAAUAAGCUCAUUUGAGCUAAAUGAUUGGGUUUUACAUUUCUCCUGUACUUCCAGCUCUUCCCUGAUUCUGGCGGUGCAAAUUUUAUGUUGUAUUAAAUUAUUUACCUCUUCACUUAGAGGGGUAUGCCACUAU